GGUUACUGCUAACAGUUGGGAAAGUGGACCGUUUAUUUUAUUUUUAGUUGUAUUUGCAGUAAUAGCUGCUGGUUACGUUCUCGUAAAGGGGCUAGAGGAUCCCACUAGGAGCAAGUAUAAGCUUUUACUAAGCUGUUCGCUUAUUAUUACUUCUGUAAUCCCUCCCGAGCUACCUAUGGAAUUAUCAAUAGCUGUUAAUACAUCACUGAUUGCACUGGCACGUCGUGGAAUAUUUUGCACGGAACCUUUUCGAAUUCCAUUUGCUGGAAAGGUUGACAUAUGUUGUUUUGAUAAAACUGGAACACUUACAUAAGAUGACAUGGAGUUCUCUGGGGUUGGAUUGCCUGGCAAUACUGAGUUGGAAGCUGAUAUGACUAAUGUUCCUGCCCGCACACUGGAGAUUCUGGCUUCUUGUCAUGCAUUGGUGUUUGUUUACAACAAGCUGGUUGGUGAUCCUCUUGAGAAGGCUGUGCUUAAAGGUAUUGAUUGGAGUUAUAAAUCAGAUGAGAAGGCCAUGCCAAAAAAGGGAGUCGGUCAUACUGUCCAGAUUGUUCACAGACACCAUUUUGCAUCCCGCUUAAAAUGAAUGGCAGUUGUUGUUCGCAUUCAGGAGGAGUUUUUACUUUCGUGAAGGGUGCUCCUGAAACUAUGCAGGGUAGACACAGAUUUGCCACCAUUGUAUAUUGAAACCUACGAGAAAUAUACACGUCAGGGGUCUCGUGUCCUGGCCCUUGCUUUUAAGUCCCUUCCAGACAUGACAGUUAGUGAAGCAAGAAACUUGGAUAGAGAUUUAGUGGAGAGUGGCCUUACUUUUGCUGGUUUUGCGGUAUUUAUGCCCUAUUAGAGCAGAUUCGGCCACCAUUUUGUCUGAAUUAAAGAAUUCGUCCCAUGACUUGGCGAUGAUCACUGGUGACUAAGCAUUGACAGCUUGCUAUGUUGCUAGCCAAGUACAUAUUGUUUCAAAGCCAGCACUAAUUCUUAGUCCCUCGAAGAAUGGUAGAGGAUAUGAAUGGAUAUUGCCUGAUGAAACAGAGAUUAUUCCAUACAGUGAGAAAGCGGUUGAAGUUUUAUCAGAGACACAUGAUCUCUGUGUUGAAGGUGACUGCAUUGAAAUGUCACAACAGACUUCUGCUGUUCUACGAGUCAUUCCUUAUGUGAAGGUUUUUGCAAGAGUUGCUCCUGAGCAAAAAGAAUUAAUCAUGACUCGCACACAUAGGGGUUGCUUAGUUGAAUGCCAUGCCUCCAACUCAAAACAAAGCCUCAUCAUCAGAAACAUCUAAAGAUGAAAACACAAAGUCAGGUAAAUCAAAGAAAUCUAAGUCUGCAUCAGAAGCUGUUGGCAAACCUAUCAGUCAGAAUGGAGAAGGCACUUCUGCCAGCCACACCACAGGUAACCGCCAUCAGGCGGCUAUUGAGAUGCCAUGACAGAAGCUGAAGAAGCUGAUGGAUGAGAUGAAUGAGGAGGGUGAUGGUCGUUCUGCUCCAAUUGUCAAGCUUGUGGAUGCCUCUAUGUCGCCAUCAUUUACAGCAAAGCAUGCAUCAGUUGCUCCAACAACAGACAUAAUUUGUCAGGGACGUAAUACUCUUGUGACAACCCUUCAGAUGUUCAAAAUACUCGGCCUAAAUUGCCUUGCUACAGCAUAUGUGUUGAGUGUUAUGUAUUUGGAUGGUGUCAAGCUCGGCGAUGUCCAGGCUACAAUCAGUGGUGUCUUUACAGUUUGCUAUUGUUUUUCCUGAUGUCUUCUGUGAAAGAGGCAGAGAAGUACACGCCGGAUGAAUGCAUUGAACCAGACUCAGAUUUUCAUCCCAAUCUUGCGAAUACAGUUUCAUACAUGGUAAGCAUGAUGCUCCAGGUGGCCACCUUUGCUGUAAACUACAUGGGUUUUCCUUUCAACCAGAGCAUCUCUGAAAACAAACCAUUUUUGUAUGUUCUGAUUGCUUCCGUUGGUUUCUUCAGAGUCAUUACGUGUGAUCUAUUAGGGACUUAAAUGACUGGUUGAAGUUGGUGCCUUUGCCAUGGGGAUUAAGGGAUAAACUUUUGAUUUGGGCUUCUCUCCUGUUUUUGAGCUGUUAUUGAUGGGAGAAAUUUUUGAAGUGGGCAUUCCCAGAUAGAGUUGCAGAUUGGAAGAAACGACAACAUGCGGUUGCAGCAAAUUCGGAUAAGAAGCAUGCUUGAACAACCAUAACCUUAUAUGUGGCAUUUGCGGGUGUGUCGAGCACUUUGGUAAAGGCCAUGAUAAUUUGUGUUGAUGUUGUGAGUAAUGUGACACAGCUAGAGUACUACAAAGGAUAGCUUCAAUCUAUUUGGAGCUCUUGGCUUAUGGGUUUUUCUUCAAUUGGGAAGACAAUAACACAACGAUGGAGAAAGAAUCUUCAGCAAGUGAUGCCGCUGGAGUUCAAGUAUCAUUAUUCGAUUAUUCAGUGCAGAAUUAUUUUAAAGCAAUUGACGGAAUCUCGGAGCUCUGUGGUGAGCCGGAGACAAAUUGCCUUGAUGAAUCCGACACCCAACGGUUUUCCUCCUCCAUUACUUUCUUGAGGGAAUGGAGAUAUUUUAAUUACGAGCCAAGAACCGUUAGGUUUGCUAAUGAAACGGGAAUUGGUGGGGCAAAAGUUAUUUUAAGUGAAAUAAACUUACCUCAAUUUUCAUCAGCAACUGUUCCUAAGAAUGAAGGUUCAUACUCUGAUGCGACUUCACUAGAAUCAGGUGGGUCUAAUUGCAGCAAAGACUUCGUGAUGUACGCUGGAGGAUCUGUUUGGGCAUUGGAUUGGUGUCCUAGAGUUCGUGAAAGGCCUGAUUGUCAUACAAAAUGUGAGUUUAUUGCUGUUUCUGCUCAUCCUCCAGAAUCGUAUUAUCACCAAUUGGGUGCUUCACUUACUGGGAGAGGUAUUAUUCAGAUAUGGUGUAUACUAAACGUUAGUCUAAAUGAAGAAGAGGCAUCUCCACCAGAGAAAAACCCUAAAAAACGAGGACCUAAAGCUGGUGAUGCCAUUGAAGACAAAUUAAAGAGACCAAGAGGAAGACCUAGAAAAAAUUCAAUAAAUAAGUCUCUUGAUAGUGAAGCUGCAAUGGAUAAGUCAAUCCAAUUAAAGAGGCCAAGAGGAAGACCUAGAAAGAAACCGAAAGAUGAAUCCUCUGACAAUUUGGAUGUUAACAAUCAGUUUGUUCAACCACUUGCUGUUCAACAUUCAGAUGAAUCAUCUGAGUUGCUAUCUAUACAAGAAGUUUAUGGGAAUACCGAACAGCAUAAUUUACAUAAAAUUAUUGGUAAUAAACAAAAAAAUUCUGCAGAGAGAGAAUCUUCAAUGCAUUCACCCCUUAAAACUCUGGUGAAGAGUAGAAGAUUAACAAGCAAGGGAAAUGCUGGGAAAAAUAAUGAUGACAUAUGUCAGCCAUUAUCUGCCGGUGAUAGCUCUAGACAGGAUUCUCUGCCAUGUAACAAUGAAUCAGGCAAGGAUUCAUUGGACAUAAGCUUGGCCUCUUGUUCUACCCCAAAGAACAUUGCUCUUCCAAGGGUCAUUUUAUGCCUUGCUCACAAUGGAAAAGUGGCAUGGGAUGUAAAAUGGCAGCCCAAUAAUGUGAAAGGUUCCAAAUGCCAGCAACGGAUGGGGUAUCUUGCUGUCUUACUGGGAAAUGGAUCCUUGGAAGUGUGGGAGGUUCCUCUUCCUUGUACAAUGAAAGCUAUUUACUUGUCUUCAGUUAAUGAGGGCACUGAUCCUCGCUUUGUAAAAUUGGAGCCAGUAUUCAGAUGCUCAAUGUUGAAAUGUGGUGGGAUACAGAGGUUGCUUUAUGGAAAUUCUCUGCAAGAGGUUCAUCAGAAGAUACAAGGCCUCUACUUUGUUUCAGUGCAGAUACAGUUCCUAUCAGAACAGUUGCAUGGGCCCCAACAGAAAGGUUCAUACUCUGAUGCGACUUCACUAGAAUCAGGUGGGUCUAAUUGCAGCAAAGACUUUGUGAUGUAUGCUGGAGGAUCUGUUUGGGCAUUGGAUUGGUGUCCUAGAGUUCGUGAAAGGCCUGAUUGUCAUACAAAAUGUGAGUUUAUUGCUGUUUCUGCUCAUCCUCCAGAAUCGUAUUAUCACCAAUUGGGUGCUUCACUUACUGGGAGAGGUAUUAUUCAGAUAUGGUGUAUACUAAACGUUAGUCUAAAUGAAGAAGAGGCAUCUCCACCAGAGAAAAACCCUAAAAAACGAGGACCUAAAGCUGGUGAUGCCAUUGAAGACAAAUUAAAGAGACCAAGAGGAAGACCUAGAAAAAAUUCAAUAAAUAAGUCUCUUGAUAGUGAAGCUGCAAUGGAUAAGUCAAUCCAAUUAAAGAGGCCAAGAGGAAGACCUAGAAAGAAACCGAAAGAUGAAUCCUCUGACAAUUUGGAUGUUAACAAUCAGUUUGUUCAACCACUUGCUGUUCAACAUUCAGAUGAAUCAUCUGAGUUGCUAUCUAUACAAGAAGUUUAUGGGAAUACCGAACAGCAUAAUUUACAUAAAAUUAUUGGUAAUAAACAAAAAAAUUCUGCAGAGAGAGAAUCUUCAAUGCAUUCACCCCUUAAAACUCUGGUGAAGAGUAGAAGAUUAACAAGCAAGGGAAAUGCUGGGAAAAAUAAUGAUGACAUAUGUCAGCCAUUAUCUGCCGGUGAUAGCUCUAGACAGGAUUCUCUGCCAUGUAACAAUGAAUCAGGCAAGGAUUCAUUGGACAUAAGCUUGGCCUCUUGUUCUACCCCAAAGAACAUUGCUCUUCCAAGGGUCAUUUUAUGCCUUGCUCACAAUGGAAAAGUGGCAUGGGAUGUAAAAUGGCAGCCCAAUAAUGUGAAAGGUUCCAAAUGCCAGCAACGGAUGGGGUAUCUUGCUGUCUUACUGGGAAAUGGAUCCUUGGAAGUGUGGGAAGUUCCUCUUCCUUGUACAAUGAAAGCUAUUUACUUGGCUUCAGUUAAUGAGGGCACUGAUCCUCGCUUUGUAAAAUUGGAGCCAGUAUUCAGAUGCUCAAUGUUGAAAUGUGGUGGCAUACAGAGCGUCCCUUUGACAGUGGAAUGGUCAACCUCACAUCCACAUGAUUACUUACUAGCCGGGUGCCAUGAUGGAUCGGUUGCUUUAUGGAAAUUCUCUGUAAGAGGUUCAUCAGAAGAUACAAGGCCUCUACUUUGUUUCAGUGCAGAUACAGUUCCUAUCAGAACAGUUGCAUGGGCCCCAACAGAAAGUGAUAUGGAGAUUGCAAAUGUGAUAGUCACUGCUGGACAUGGAGGUCUAAAAUUUUGGGAUAUACGUGACCCAUUCCGUCCCCUGUGGAACCUCCAUCCAGUGCCAAAGUUCAUAUAUGGUCUGGAUUGGUCUAGAGAUCCAAGUUGUGUUAUUUUAUCCUUCGAUGAUGGAGGAUUGAGAAUCCUCAGCUUGGUAAAGACUGCAUAUGAUGUCCCUGCUACUGGAAGACCUUUUGUUGGGACAAAAAAUGGUUUGCACCUUUCAAAUUGUUUAUCCUUUGCUGUCUGGAGCGUACAAGUGUCACGACAAACAGGUAUGGUUGCAUAUUGCAGUGCAGAUGGCACAGUUCUCCGUUUCCAACUCACAACAAAAGCAGUUGAGAAAGAUCCUGCACGUUACCGUGCUCCACAUUUUAUGUGUGGGUCUCUGACGGAGGAUGAAUCGGCUAUAACAGUGAACACUCCAUUACCAGAUACACCAAUAACAUUAAAGAAGCCAGCCAAUGAGUGUGGGGAAAGAUCCAUGCGGAGUCUUGCAGCUGAUUUGAAUGCAGUCAAACGAGCAAAUGAUAAGAAGAAGAAAACAGGUUCAAAUUCAGAUAAUCAAACUUUAGCCAUUUGUUAUGACAAUGAUCGAGGCAAGGAGUCUGAUGCUGAUAUAACACUGAAAGCUCUUAAGAGCAAGAAAGAAUCUAAAUCUAGAAGUAAUAGUAGAAAAAAGGCCAAAGAUGAUCAAGCAAUGGUAUGUUUAGAUGAAGAGGGAAGAAAUAUACAGGGGAAUGAAAUGGAAAAAGUAGAAAUCGGGGAUGAUGUUGAAGUUAUGCCUUCGAAAAUGUUAGCAGUGCAUCGAGUGAGAUGGAACAUGAACAAAGGUAGUGAGAGAUGGUUGUGCUAUGGAGGAGCUGCUGGAAUUAUACGAUGUCAAGAGAUUAGAGAUCCCCUGCCUGAUGCUGAUAAGAAAGGGCGUAAGAGAACUUGAAAUGGUCAUGUCCUAACAUAUUUGAUAAUGUUGUUGUCUAAUCUUUUGUAUAUUUGAUGAUCAUGCUAAGUGAGCUACGACAAUAUGUAAUUGCUUUUAUUGUUUACACAAAGUUGCCCAGUGGCAUUUAAGUUAUAGGCCAAUAGAUUAGGAUUAGCCAGUUAAUAAU